AUGGAGUCAAGUCUUCUGAGUAAACACCACCACCAGCAGAUAUACAAGUGGAAUAGCCUUGCUCCUACUGGUCCCCUAGAUACCUCCAUACAGACGGUCUUUCACUUGCAAUGCAUGUUGCAGCCGGACGCCCAGGCAAUUUGUGCUUGGGACGGAACUCUCACUUACCGGGAAUUACAUAAGGUAUCUUCGGAUGUACAAUCACUGCUAAGGAAAUAUAAUCUAAAUCCGGAUUCUGUGGUGCCGAUACUGUCCCAGAAGUCUAUAUGGGUGGUUGUCUCAAUGCUCGGAGUACUCAAGGCAGGGGCGGCCUUCGUCCUGCUGGAUCCGUCUUACCCAACCAAACGGCUGCAGGAUAUAUGUCAGGACUGCGGCGCAAAAGUUAUAAUUUGCUCCGACGAAACACGUGCCACGGGCCUGGCUGAAAGGAUAUUGGUGGUGGGUGCUUCGAAUGUACUAAAAGCAACGACUCGUGCAGUCGAGCCCGCGAAGACAACUUCUCAUCAUGCAGCUUAUGUGGUUUACACAUCUGGUUCUACAGGCAUACCCAAGGGAAUCGUCAUUGAGCAUGGUUCAUUCUGCACCAAUGCCAUUACAACUAGUCAAGCCCAAAAUCUUGAUCGGUCGUCUCGAGUUUUACAGUUUGCAUCAUACGCCUUUGAUGUUAGUGUUUAUGAAUGCCUUGCACCACUGCUCCUUGGCGGAUGUGUUUGUAUUCCAUCCGAAUCACAACGCAUGAACAGUUUGAAAGAGGCUGUCGCGAACUUAAGGGUCAAUUGGGCCGAGCUCACACCAUCCGUGGCUAGACUCUGGUACCCGGAGGAUGUCCCCACAAUAAAAACGCUCGUACUCGGCGGAGAACCUAUGUUGCCAUCUGAUAUUUGUCGAUGGAAGGACAAUGUUCGACUGGUAUGCGCAUACGGACCGGCAGAGUGCACUGUUGUGUCUACAGUUCAACCUCACGUUCACAAACCUGCAGAUAUCGGGAUGUCGCCGGGUGGUACCUGUUGGAUUGCAGCAAAGGAUAACCAUCAUAAGCUCGCGCCAAUCGGCUCCAUAGGGGAGUUAAUAGUGGGUGGCCCUAUUGUAGGACGAGGAUACUUGAACCGACCUUCCCUGACAGCAAGCGUCUUCAUCACAAAUCCACGCUGGGCGCCAUUGUUCCAAGUAAACGACACCUAUCGGUUCUACAAGACCGGUGAUCUCGUUAGAUACAUGUCAGAUGGCUCAAUCACCUACGUCGCGCGGAAGGACACUCAAGUCAAGUUGAAUGGGCAGAGAGUUGAACUCGGUGAGGUUGAACAUCAGGCGCGCCAAUGCUUUGAGCAUGCUGUCGUUGUCGCCGAGGUUGCUGCACCUGCAGGGCGAAAGCCUAGUUUAGUAUUGUUCAUUGCCCCUACACAAAGCUCCUCAAUGGAUACAGAUUGUACUACGCUUCUGUCCUCGCCGAGCGGUGGAUUCCAGUGCAGAGUUCAGGCAGCAAAACCUCGUCUCCAAAGUGUCCUUCCCAGCCACAUGAUACCAACAGCAUACAUUGAGCUCAUUGCUAUACCGAUUUCGCGGACAGGCAAAGUAGAUCGGAAAAUGCUACGGGAGGCAGUCGAAAGAAUAACCGAUCAGGAGUUCAGAGCUUACCAUCCCGCAGUUCACAACAAUAUGACCAACUCGAUAAAUCCAUUGACUGUGGAGCAGCUGCAGCGCCUCUUUUCAGCAACACUUGGGAUCCCAGAAGAGGAUAUUGCACCCAAUGACAGUUUCUUCCAGCUAGGGGGUGAUUCUGUCAGUGCCAUUAGCUUCGUCGGGGAAGCUCAAGAUCAGGGCCUGGAGGUGACAGUGGAAUUAUUGCUCAAACAUCAGACUAUUCGGGAACUGGCUCAUGUUGCUCACCGUACUUCGAACAGUGGCAAUUCGUCAAUACCUGCCUUGUCUCUGCUCGGUUCUCUAGACAAAUUUCUACUUAUCAAUACUGUAACGGAGCAAUGUUCCGUAUGUCCAGAUCAGAUCGAGGAUAUUUACCCAUGCACUUUCUUACAGGAAGCCUUGGUCGCAUAUACAGCAAAAAGGCCUGCAGCGUUCCAAGCCCAAUUUCGCUUCCAACUUCAAGGGAAAAUAGAUCUGCGUCGCUUCAAACAGGCAUGGGCUACAGUGAUUGAUGCGAACCCUAUCUUGCGAACGAGGAUUAUCUACUUUAACACGGAAGCCCUGCAAGUAGUACUGCGCCCCAAAGACCACGUGCAGUGGGAUACUACAGAAGACUCUUUUGAUCAUAUUGAGCUUUUCAUGUCUUAUGGGACACCGCUUCUUCGCCUAGCCAUUACCGGUAAACCGGAUGGCGAAUCGCCUCUCUAUUUUAGACUUUCGAUGCACCAUGCUAUAUUCGAUGGAUGGUCAUACGCUCUGAUCCUUGAUGCUAUUGAAGCUGCAUAUAGACACACUCAUCUGCCUUUACAGUCUUUCACGCCGUUUAUCAAGCAUGUGCUAGACUUAGAUUAUGAUUCUGCCAAAGAGUUUUGGUGUUCAGAGUUCAAGGAACUGUCAAUAACAACGUUUCCCGCUCUGCCCUUAUCACCCAGAUAUGCACCAAAGUCGAUAACAACGAUACAUCGCGAUAUAGACGUAGCAGAGUGGCUCGCGGGCCGUCACACACCAUCGAUUAUUGCUCAGCUCGCUUUUUCUAUGCUUAUUGCCUGGUACACUGAGUCACUCGAUGUCGUGUAUGGUCUUACCGUUACGGGCCGCAAUGCUCCAGUGCCCGGAAUACAUAGACUGACUGGCCCAACAAUCGCCACUUUCCCCCUCCGCACAAUACUUCAUGGGAGCCUUAGAGUGAGGGAAGCCCUACUCAGCGUGCAAGAUCACAUGUCCAGGAUCAUCCCCUUUGAACAGACGGGACUCCAGCGGAUAAAAUCAUUUAGCGUUGAGGCGGCUACUGCCUGUAACUUCCAGACCUUGUUAAUUAUACAGCCUGCCAGAAAGUCAAGGCCAUCUGAGAUAUUCUCAGAGUUCCCAGAGAAUGCCAAAGAACAGCUGAAAUUUGCUACAUGUCCGCUAACUUUGGUAUGCGAGCUUGGGGCUCACGGUCUAUCGGCGAAAGCCCUGUUCGACACCACAGUGAUUACCCCUAAUGAUAUAGAAAGAAUACUUGAUCAAUUAGAGUACUUAAUUGGCAAGAUAAACCAUUUUCCAGAGUGCAGGAUUUACAGCAUUAUCCACUCUCCAUCAAACGAGCCCAUCGAUCCAGGUCAGGAACAACCAUGGAGUUCAUACGUCGAGAAGAAGGCAAAAGACUAUAUCGGAGAGGGAUUCGUUACCAUUGUGGAUACUAUAGCGCCAAAGGGGGUUCCCAACCAGACCAUUGCUCUUUUCAUCUGUGAUAAUACGAUGAAGAACAAGUCUACGGAGCUGUCUGACCUAUUCAGUCGGCCUACUGAAAAGCUUAGAAAGCGGCUCGAGGAAUUAAUGUGCAUCCUGCGCCAAUCUCUGCCUUGGUCAGUAGUUCCGUCACUCUGUCUUCCAAUUAAUUACAUACCAUCAACUCCAUACGGGCAGCCAAAUAGGGCCUCUCUAUGCGAGCAGGCGUCACUCAUGGGCCUCGGCGCUUUACGUUCCUUGAUGGACCCUGUGCACAGGUCCACCGACUACCAAAUACUUCCUGAGGAGGCUCGCCUCCGAGGGAUUGUUGCACAUGUUUUGGGUAUAGAUGCACAGAGUGUCAACCUUAAAGACGACUUCUUUACUCUGGGUGGUGAUUCAAUAUCUGCAAUGCAGGUUGUCUCGCUCUGUAGAAAGCAUCACCUCUCAUUGACGGCACUAGAUAUAUUUGACGGGAAAACAAUCGAACUCAUAGCAUCCAGUGUCAAGCCACUUACGGUGUUAACGCCUCCAUCAACCCCCAGAACUGAACGCAGUCUUGAUAUGCGAUUUUCCCUUCUUCCUCUAACUUCUGAUCAGGAUAUGGAGGAACUUGAGUCUGUGAUUAUGGCUACAUUCGGCAUUGAAACCCUUGAUAAAAUCGAGGAUGCAUAUCCCUGCACCCAAGUCCACCAAGGACUCCUGAAAACUCAGCUGCUAGAGCCCUUUGAUUAUCAGUCAUACACCAUAUGGGAAGUCACCACAGGGAGCAACGUCUCUCCAGCGUGUCCGAUCCGACUUCGUGAUGCUUGGCUCAGCCUUGUGCGCCGUCACGCUGCGUUAAGGACAUUUCUCAUCGAUAUCACACUAGGUGACAACACCAAUUGUAAGGUUCACGUUGUACAGAAGGACUCUGUAACAGAUGUCUCGAUACUAUCUGCAGCAGAGGAGGCCGUGCUACCUGCGCUGCGGCGGUCAUUUCUCCGAAUCGACAGUAGCAUAUGUCUACCACAAGCAUUCACCAUCUGCCAAACAAUUUCCGGUCGUGUGUUCUGCAAACUCGAAGGGAGCCAUGCUUUCCUCGAUGCCGCAUCCGUUUUAAUCAUCUUACGAGAUCUCUCUCUCGCAUACGAUGGACUGCUACACCGUAUCCCUGGCCAAUUAUACAGCUCAGCAGUUUCUUGGCUUCAAAAACAACCAGAUGCGGAAGACCAGAUGAGGUACUGGAAAAGACAAUUAGAAGAUGCCAGUCCGUGCAUAUUUCCAGGACUUAGACGCCAGGUUGCACAUAGCGAAACUCUCGUGGUCAAUGUGCCGCUCGCUGACACCGCCACAUUGAUGCCAUUCUGCACUAUCCACGGUCUCACCAUAAGCAACGUUUUGCAAGUAGCCUGGGGACUAACAUUGCGGUGGUAUACUGCAUCCGACAACGUGUGCUUUGGCACCCUUAUAUCUGGGAGAGAUUCUCCAAUUCCUGACAUUGACAACAUAGUAGGCUCCUUCUUCAAUGUUCUAGUAUGCCAACUUCACUUCGGUAGGGAGGACUCACUACUGGAUAUUUUACGGAGGAACCAGGUGGAAACCGGCAAUCGGCUGUUGAACCAGCACUGCUCUCUGCUUGAGAUACUCCGUUUCUCAAAAUAUUUCGGUCAACCCUUGUUUAAUACAUGCAUCUCUGUGGAGCAGCCGUUGUCGAUAGAUAGCUCAGAGGCCAGUCUCUGUUUUAAAGAUGUGGAGACGCACGAGCCCACAGAAUAUGAUCUUAUCGCUACAAUUACAAUCGGAAAAGCGGAUGUUAGGCUGGCGCUCACCUAUAAAUCCUCCUUGUUAACCGAGGAGCAAGCUUCCGAUGUAGCGACUAGGUUUAGGCUCUCUAUCUCUGAUAUUUUAACACUUUGUGAUGCUUGA